AUGAGACAGCUGCAUUACAACACUGCAGAAUUCACCAACAGGAAGGGAUUCCUUUCCAUUAAUAUCUUAGUGGUCUAUGAUCUCCAUUACCACUUCCUGGAGGUAUGUGUCUGGUACCCUGCCAUCUGCCUGACUCCUACUUUCUGGAACACUCUCAUGUACCCGGAGUAUUUAAGGAUCCAGGAACAUUACAAGGACAUGACAAGUGAGGUUGGCCAGUGUCUGUGCUACAGCCUCAAUUGUUUUACAAUUCAUAUCGAGGACUUAGAUGAGGGCAGUGAAGCAUUAUCAAUAACCUUCCUCUUUGUGCCUCCUCAGAGUGAGAGUGGAGAUGGAACAACUAGGAAAGAAGUCAGAAGAUUUAAUAGCAGUGAUAGUAAAAAACUCACCAAGUCCCAGCAGCUGAAACAAGUCUUCAAAGAAUAUGGAGCUGUGGGGGUUGUAUUUCACGUUGGAAUAUCACUGACCUCACUUGGAAUAUUUUAUCUGGUGGUUUCAAGUGGUGUGGAUGUGGCUGCACUUCUUUACAAGGUGGGAUUUAGUGAAGCAGUUGUGCAGUCCAGAAUGGCAGCUGGUACCAGUACCUUUGUACUAGCAUAUGCUGUUCAUAAGGUCUUCGCCCCAGUACGAAUGAGCAUUACUUUAGUUUCUGUGCCAUUUAUAGUAAGGUACUUUCGUAAGAUUGGGCUUUUUAAGGCAUCUACUUCUAAACCAUGAAGAAAUACUUGAAUCUGAAUAUUGUAGGUGUAAGGACCCCUAGACAGUUUUUACUUUUUUGAAAAUCCACAAAUGCAGUACUUAAGUUGUUAGGCAAUAGUUACCUAUGAGCUUGUGCUGUUGUUAGCUGUUCAACUUUGACACUUCUGUUCAACUUCAAUAUCAACACUGCAGGAUAUUUUAAACAAAGGCAACUGUUGCCUAGCUUUCAGUAGCUGAAGUGUCAGUUGCCAGGAAGGCAAAAGCCAUUGGAAAUGUAUUUGCAUGAGGCAAUUGUAAUCAAUCUGUUCUGACAAUCUAAAACUUAAUGAAUACAGCCAAAUUGAUGACAGAAGGAAAAUGAGGAACAACAGGGGGAAAAAAAAAAGUGCUGUUACAACUUUAAACCAGAUACUUGACUAAGCUAUUGUGUAAUGCUGUUAAGAAUACUACGGGGUAUUCUUGAGUUGACUUACACACACUCACUCCAGCUAAUUUCACAGCAAUUUAAAUCUGCAUUACAUCAUGAUUGUCAGUUGAGCUUUUUUCAAUUCACUUAAGUGCAAAGCUUCCCAUUAUAUGCAACUUAAUUAAGUUGUAUUUCCCUAAGCAAUGCUUGACGUAUGGUGGUAGUGUAGAAGGUAUUGCUACAUGUAUAUUCAUUGCUCUGGCAGAGCAACAAAUUUGGACUUUAAAAUGGCCGGACAAGUUACCUAACAAUUUUAGUUGGUUGUGUGCACACAUAGGAAACUGGCAGGGAGAAAUAGUUGAGUGAACAAGCUGUUUAUCCCCAAUAUGAAAAUCCUUUAAUGAUAUUUCAAAUUUUAAUUUAAGAAAUGAGGGGAUCACUUCUGAAAAUCCUAUACAGUAACAUCAUGCAGAUUAACUGUCUGCUGGGGUGACGACUUUCAACAAUCUUGGCACUUCUGUUGGUAUUGUACUCAUUAGUGAUAGCUGCAACAAAACAUUUGAUAUUAGCUCAAUUAUUACAGCCAAUAACAGGAUUAAUACAGUAGAGUAAAAAUAUUGCAGACUAAAUGUUGACAAAUGAAUUGAUUUUUCUCUCCACUUGAUAUGUACUACCUGCCAGUGUAAUCUUCCAAACCCAGUGUUUUGAGAAUCCAGUUUAAACUAGCAGAAAUGUUAAAGAAUUUAAAAUUGAAAACUGCAACAGUAGCACCAACCACAUUCAUUAACACUGAGGAAGUGAAAUUACAAAAUCAAUAAGCAAUAAUUUUACAUGUUAUUCCAAUGAGGGUGAAUUGGGACCAAGGGAAACUUAAAUACCUUGCUGCCUUGUCUUUGAUUCAUAAUUACUGAAACAAAUACUUGGAAUGUGUUUGACACUUUGCCUUUUUCAAAUACUGGUUCAUUCAACAGGACCCCAGACUGGAAUUUAAUUUUCACUGCUUGAUUAGAGGGAUAUUUUCAUUUAAAGUAUCCAGACUCCAAAUUACUUGAUCAGUGUGCUAGCAAAAUGACAAUUCUAAUUACCACUUAGUUUAAAUAUUGAUGUUUCCCCCUCCCCUACUUCUGUUAAUGUAACCACAAUAGCUGUGCUAAGCUCCUUUCUAAACAGCUUCACUAGUAGACAAAAGAAAAUUUGCUGUUGAAAAAAUUAGCUUUCCUGACCCAGUGCAUCUUUAUUGUUUUGAUUCAGGGUUAUUCUACUUGGUUACAUUUUCAUUGAGCUACACUGGACCUUCAGCCUUCAACGUGUAGGGAAAUGCAGGAUGGAAAACUGCAGUUUUAGUUAGCCCAUUGUGUACUUGAGGUUUUAGUCAUCUCCAACAUGAAGACAAUUCAAAUUGGAAAACAGUUGUAGAUAAAAUGCAAAAUUGCAUAACUUCUGCCAGGUUUAAUAUGAAAACACAAAAGUGAUGACUAAGGACUCGAAGCUCAAAUGGGUAGGUGGUAAUAUUCCUGAGAUUUAUUUGGAAUUUUAUUUUGGCAUUGAGUGAAACUUCAGAAGUUUCCAUUAAAUGGCAAGUGUUCCAAAGCCUGAAACUGGGAAAUAAAUCACAAACCAGACUUGAAUGCACUCAAUUUCAAUUUUUAACGCUAUCUUAGUCAAAUCAAGAGCCAGAUUUGUUUUCAAACCAGACUUUGCAAACUCUGCUGACUGGUUCUUUUAAAAGAUUUGUACAUGUUGGUUCUAACAUAUCUCCAUCCUGGGUACUGAACAUUGGAAAGUCCAACAGUAGGUUAUUCACCAAAUAUCUGGUAAAAUUUCUCCUCUUCACUCCAUUACUAAUGCAUACAUUCAAGUGGCAUUCUUUCACAAAUGGGGGAACGGCAGUGGAAGCUGGUCUCCGCUUACAUUUUUAUAUUGCUAUUGUCAAUUUUAUCAAAGAUGCACACUUUAGGAUUUCAGAUCCAAAGCUAGAAAAAAAAACUCUGCCAGAAUCCAAUACCAAAUACUGCAGGUGCUCACUGCAUGCAAACCUUUAAUUCUUGGACUGACUUACAAUAGUAUUGUUGGUUAUUUGGUUUAUCCUCCCAUGCUUAAGUUCAUAACAUUUAGGAAAAUUCUACAGUAAAUGCCAACAAAGACUUUUACUAGUGCAUAAGUUCAUUUUGCCACUUGCUGUAACGAUGCAUAAACAAAUCUUCACCAGCAUUAAACUAAAACUGUUGCAGAAUAAAGCAUUUAGAACAAGUGACGGACAGUUUAAAACCUUACCAUGCUAGGCCUAAAGCCAUAUGUUGACAAUGUAACCUCUACUGUGAAUAUCAUUGGUUCUACCAUGAAAACAUACCUUGUAGAACCAAAGUUUUUUAAAAAACUAUGCAUUUAAAAGUAUCCAGACCCUUCAGAACUGAGCUAUAGCUAACCUGUAAAUAGUUUGUAUGCUAAAUACUAAGGCAAAUGGGCAAACAAUUAAAUUUAACCAGAUGAGCUUUAACAUCUUUUUUUUUCCUACUCCAGUAACUGGUUUUUUUUUAAAAAACCAAGUUAAUUUGCCAGUGGAAGUUGAAUAAUGUAGUGCUUUGUUUAGAUUGGUUGAGAUCAAACUUAAUUGUUACAUGCCUUAAUUUUAUUUUCAAACCAUGACUAUUUGAAAUUUGCAAAUGAAUCAUCCAUUGUACAGUCAAUGUUUAUAUUGAGAAUGAACUAGAUUGUAGAAACUUGGAAACAAGAGGCUGGUUUUAAGUUAUUUAAUAAAAGAAUUGUUUAAAAAGUG